AUGAGAGGCUCACCACAGACUCAUCUUCUUGCCUUCCUCCUCCUCUGCCUCCUCUCAAAGGUGUGUGCCCAGCCGUGCCCAACACCAUGUGCCUGCCCCUGGACGCCUCCCUGGUGCCCACUGGGGGUGCCCCUGGUGCUGGAUGGCUGCAGCUGCUGCCGGGUAUGUGCACGGCGGCUGGGGGAGCCCUGCGACAACAUCCACGUCUGCGACCCCAGCCAGGGCCUGACCUGCCAGCUCCGGGCAGGUCCUGGAGGCUGGGAGGGCGUGUGCCUCUUGGAUGAGGAUGAUGGCAGCUGUGAGAUGAAUGGCCGCGUGUACCAGGACGGAGAGACCUUCCAGCCCCACUGCAGGAUCCGCUGCCGCUGCGAGGAUGGAGGCAUCACCUGUGUCCCACUGUGCCCUGAGGAUGUCCGGCUGCCCAGCUGGGACUGCCCACAGCCCCGGAGAGUGGAGAUCCCAGGAAAAUGCUGUCCUGAGUGGGUCUGCAGCCAGGCCCUGGGGGCCCAGACCCUCCCAGUCCGAGAACCCCAGCUUUCAGGCCUAGUCGCUCCUCCACCCACGAACUUCCCAUGCCUGGAAAUGAGCACGCUCUGGGGGCCCUGCUCGACCUCUUGCGGACUGGGUGUGGCCACGCGGGUGUCCAACCAGAACCGUUUCUGCCGAGUGGAGACCCAGCGCCGCUUGUGCGUUCUCAGACCCUGUCCGCCCGUCAUGGGGCGCAGCCCACAGAACAGAGCCUAUUAG